AUGGCGCCUGCACCAGAUUCGUCGAAGCCAUUCGACAUUGUCGCGACUUACAAUGAAUUACUCCGCUCUGAUCCCGAUUUGACGAUGCCAAUCGCGGCCAUCGAAGCCCUUGUCCUCCUCCUCACACACUCCCCCUCCUCGACAAUAUCGGAGACACUCGAUUUACUCAACAAGUCCACCGAGCAUUUGAAGAAUUCGAUUCCGAACCCUAUCGGUCUGUCUGCAGGCACCGAUCUUUUCCAACGAUAUCUGAUUACAACUCUACAACGGCCCGGUCAACUGGGACCUGCGGGGGACUUCAAUGCGAUCCGCGCGCACUUGCUGUCGAACGGCCGGUUGUUCAUUAGACGUGCAAAGGAAAGCCGUGACAAAAUUGCUGCGUUUGGGAGAGGGUUUGUUCGCGAUGGCAGUACGGUUCUUACGAACGGUGGAUCUCGAGUGGUUGCGUCAUUGCUGCAAAAAGCUGCUGAUGAGAAGGGUGGACCGUCUGCGGUGCGGUUCCGUGUGAUUUACGUUCUCUCGUCGUCGAAAAAUGUUGAAAGCUCGCCUGGCGCGGAGCCAGAGGGUAUGGAGACUGUCCGCGCGCUCCGCGAGAAGGGUGUCCCUGUGGCCACAAUCCCCGAGUCGGCUGUCGCAUACGCUCUAGGCAAGGCGGACAUGGUGAUCGUUGGUGCUGAAGGUGUGGUGGAAAAUGGAGGAAUCGUGUCGCGAAUGGGAACCUACCAGAUUGGAUUGCUUGCCAAGGCAAUGAGCAAGCCUUUCUAUGCUGUUGCGGAGAGCCAUAAAUUCGUGCGACUCUAUCCGCUUGGGCAGUACGACCUUCCAAUUGAGCAGCGCGUGAUCGACUUCAAGACGGAGGAGGAGAUUGCAGACGAAGCGAAGCAACAGCCUCAGGAGACAACAACAGAAACGACUCCGAAGUCUGUUGCAAGGAACAGUUGCCAGUCCGUUGAUUUUACGCCACCGCAUUUGAUCUCCGCUCUGAUUACGGACAGUGGUGUUCUGACGCCUAGUGCUGUCAGUGAGGAGCUGAUUAAGAUUUGGUUCUAA